AUGAAUUCUAUAAAUAAUUUUGAAAACCCGCAUUUUGCUAGACAAGAAAAGGUUAAUUUAGAGGCAUCUAUGGAGACACGUGCUAAAUCGUUUCAGAAUACUCUUUCAAAAUUGCAAAUUAAUCAAGGGGAUACUAGUUCGGGAGUAUCAUCCUCGCCUGCCGAUUUACAACAAUUAACACUAAAUUCGCAAGAUCCAAUAGUUCUGAGGCAAGAACUUCAAAAUGCGUAUGAACGCAUUCGACAGCAAGAGUUAGACAUCAAAAAGUUAAAGUUUGAGCUCGAAAUGGAGCAAGGACAUGUUAAUAUAUUGAGACAUGACAACCAAAUGUUGAGACAGAUGACUGUCGAUAUGCACGUAUCAGCGGAGCAAGAGGAGGAAUAUAUUUCGAACAAACUAUUAAAGCGGAUUUCCGGUCUCAAAAAAGAGAAGGGCGAAUUGCUUCUACAAGUUGAACAGGAAGAAGAAUAUUUAACUAAUACAUUGCAAAAGAAAUUAAAUCAAUUACAAAAAGAAAAAAUUGAUAUGGAAAAUGCACUUGAGCAAGAGCAAGAGUAUAUUGUGAAUCGCCUUCAGAAACAACUAGAUUCACUACGUAAUCAACAAACUUACCAUCCACAUCAUUCCCGUGAGAACAGUACUUCAUCAGUUUCCAACACAGGAAAUGUGACCCCCUUACCUCCGGCUUCUCCAUCUUCCAC